CUACAGUGAGUGGAAAUGUCAUAGUGAAUACAGUUGCUGGAGUCCCUGCUGCUACCUUUCAGCCCAUCAAUAAACGUCUGGCUUCACCAGUUAUACCUGGGACGUUGACUCCCGUUUCCGGAAGGUUCUGUAGCGCUGUGCGAGGGCUGGGAACGGUGAGGCAGAAGGGCUGUGUUCCUUUUCAGACCUCGGGAGGCACGGCGGCCGCACAGGUGGUGCACACCCAGCAGCGAGCCGCUGCCGCGCCUGCCGCCUCCACGGAGCUGGUGACCAUCGCCUCCACCCAGGGCGUCCGGGCUGUCACCUCCGUCACCGCCUCCGCCGUGGUCACCACCAACCUAACGCCCGUGCAGAGCCAGACGAGAUCUUUGGUGACUCAGGUCACACCAGCUACACCGACAGUACAACUGUCCGGCAAAACAAUCACCCCUGCUCACUUCCAGCUUCUGAGGCAGCAGCAGCAGCAGGCUGCUCAGGUGCAGGUCCCACAGAUUCAGGCUCAGGCACAAGCCCAGUCUCCAGCUCAAAUAAAAACCGUAGGGAAAUUGUCACAGGAGCAGCUGAUCAAGUUGCAGAAGCAGAAGCUGCAGCUUCCCCAGCAGCAGGCAGCGCAGCAGACGCAGCAGGGGGCACAGCAGCAAACGGCACAAGUACAAGUGCAGCAGCAACAGCAGACUCAACAGCUCACUGCUGUUACAGCACCUCGUCCUGGCGCAGUGCUCACAGGCACUGCUGUGACAAACCUGCAAGUUGCUCGUCUUACUCGUGUUCCUGCUUCCCAGCUUCAAGCGCAAGGACAGAUCCAGGCCCAAACUCCACAAGCAGCUCAGGUUGCUCUGGCAAAGCCUCCCGUGGUGUCUGUUCCAGCUGCUGUUGUGUCCUCUGCAGGAGUCACCACACUCCCCGUUACUGUCGCAGGCAUUAGUGUUGCCAUUGGGCAGCCACAGAAAGCAGCAGGAGGCCAGACGGUAGUUGCACAGCCACUGCAUGUCCAGCAGCUUCUAAAACUCAAGCAUCACCAAGCAGCACAGCAACAGAAGGCUAUCCAGCCUCAGGUUGCACAGGGCCAGGCUACAGUGCAGCAAAAGAUAAAUGCUCAACAGGUUACAGUCCAAACCCAACAGCAGACGUCACAGCAACAAAAAGUAACUUAUACUACACAACCUGCCAUUAAAACACAGUUCUUAACAACUCCAAUUUCCCAAACCCAGAAACCAGGUGGAACCCAGCAAGUUCAGGCCCAGAUUCAGGUUGCAAAGCUUCCGCAAGUGGUCCAGCAACAGGCUACUGUUGCCAACAUUCAACAGAUGGUUUCAGUGUCCCAACAGGUACAAGCUCAACCCCAAACUGUGACACUUUCUCAGACGACAGCAGGUCAACAGCAGGUUCAGGUGAUACCUGCAACAACUGCCACUGCUCAGGUCGUCCAGCAGAAGCUGAUACAGCAGCAAGUCGUGACCACAGCAUCUCCCCAGAUUCAGGCUCCAGGUGUACAGAACCCAGCCCAGACACCAGCAACGCCCGAAGCCCAGAAUCAGCAAGCAAAAGUGCAGAUGAGGACACCUACUGUCAGGUUAAAGGCACCUACUAAACCAAGCUGA